AUGUACGCCUUUGCCUCUUUCACGGCGCUGCUUGUGGCGCUCUCCGGAGCGGCAGAGGUGAACGAGACCAACACGUCGACCACCACCAUGACAUCCACCAUGACAUCCACAAUGACGUCCACCAUGACGUCCACAAUGACGUCAACCAUGACGUCAACCACGACAGAGACCAUGACUACCACCACGACGAUGAACAUGACGAUGAACAUGACAAUGGACAACUCAACUGAGGCAUCAAACGACACCACCACGACCACAGGGGCAAGUGGCAGUGCUGUGAGCUAUAGCCGAAGGUGCUAUCCGAUUGUGGUCGCGUGGGUGUCCUCUGUGCUCGGCCUCGUUGCGGCCGCGUGA